AUGUAUAUUUUGCUUCCAUCCCAAACGUCUGCCCACAGCCAUGAUUCAAAUUCGGGAGGCAACGACAAUGAGCACGAAGUAAAAAUCGGCGUUCUUCUCCCUAUGACUGGCUACUGGCCAAUUGGCAAGACUUCUGCCUCAGCAAUAACCAUUGCUGUGGAUCGAAUCAACCGUAAUCCUAAUCUUCUACCAGGCUAUAACAUGACAUUCCUGUGGAAUGACUCAAUGUGUCUUGCUGCAGAAGGACUUAACCAAGCCGUGGAGUUCAAAAUCUCGGGUGUUGACGCGAUUAUUGGUGACGGCUGUGAUAUUAUUUGUGAACCGGCCGCCAUUUUAGCCGCCUCGUGGAAUCUUCCGAUGGUUUCUUGGGGAUGCGAGUCGUCAAAACUCUCCGAAAAAACAAUCUAUCCUUCCUUCGCAAGAACUGUUGGAUCCUUUUCGAAAAUGGGAGAUCUCUUUCUGUCGGUUUUUCAGUAUUUCCACUGGAAUAGCAUUGGAAUCCUAGCUUCAACCGAAAGCAUUUGGCAGUUGGCUAUGACUGGGCUUAUGAAAGUCUUUUUACAGAAUGAUAUUGAUAUACGGUACCUGCGAACUCUGAGCCCUGGCCACGUUUUAGUUACAGAGAGAGAGGAAUAUAAUAGUAUCUUAUCGCGCGCAAAAGAGACCGCAAGAAGUGAGUAGUAUAUUGUAUGUUAAGGGUUUGAACCCAGAGGCCAUGUCAUUAGUAGGUGAAAUAUCAUGAGUACAGUCCCCCUAAAUCAGUGGGGCUGUUGUUCACUAUGACAGACAGUCCUUCACAAGAAAGCACAUGGCAAUUGGCGACUUCUGAAGAGUUCAAAACGCCAGUCACUAAACAUAUCAACAGCAAUAGUCCCAUUCGCUCAAAAGAUCAUGUUAUUUUAUACCUAUCUUGUGUGAAAUACACUGUUUUUUCUCUCUUUUUUUGCGGGUGACAAUGUCAGUAUUCAUAAUUGCCGUUUGCGUUUUGGGUCUGCCUUUUCUCAUAAGUAUAUUAACGGACAAGGGUCUCACAAAAAUAAAUAAAAUGACAUGAAUCGAGUGAAAUUUACCAAUUUUUUAUUAGUAGAAAUAUCUCAAUUCCAUUUAUCGGUGUACCGAUAAAUAACUACUAAUCUUUUGCUACUAAAUUGGUAUGUUCUAUAUCAGUUUCCAUUUUUUGGCCUCUUUCUAUGCUUUUCUAUUAUAUUCCUUUUGAUUUACUUGUCAAUGCUGGUAACUAAGAUAUAUACUGAGAUUUAAGACCUCCAGUAGUUCGAUAUUGGCAAUAUUAUGUCGUAAGCAAUUAGCCGCAAUUGGUUUUAUCAGACUGACCGUAAGAUACAUUUCGUAUUUCCUUGCAUUUCAGUUUUUGUAAUUCUUUGUUACGGAGGUGACAUGCGUGCUCUGAUGCUACAAGCUCUGGAUUUUGGAAUGUUGAACGGUGACUACGCAUUCUUAACCGUCAACUUGUUGCCUUCUGCCGCCAUUGGAAAUAACACGUUUAUGGGAAAUGACGGACGAGACGCUGAGGCGGCGUUAGCGUUCCGUGGAAUACUGAGCAUACACGUGCGUGAGCCCACCACGACCCUGUGGCAGUCAUUUAAAGAAGAAGUCAGGGAAAAAAUGAACGCUUUCCCGUUUUACAUAAAACUAGAUGACAGUGAACAGGUAAUUCAGCACCCCUUCCUUUGAUAUCGCUUACUUUCAUUACAAAAUAUACGUGAAAUAAGAAAGAUGGGAUUGUUAUGUUGUGAGCAUGCGCAAUAGGCCAUUUCCGAGUAGCCUCAAGCCUCUCUUUCAGAGCGAGGCUGAGUGCGAAGCUAUUGAUUUGAAAAUGAUUUUUUUUUUAUUUUCAUACAAUAAAACUCAUUUACACAACAAAAGCUUUGCACUGAGCCUCGAUCUGAAAGGGAGAGUUUUAAGAACCCGCAAAUAGCCCUCUGCACCCUAAAAACACAGAAGACAGAGCGGUCGUUAAUUACGUUUGUUAAUCAAGAAAUUUGGGGGAAAUUUUCAGAAAUUUAUCCUAAUCAUUUUUAUUCGUUGUCAGGUUGAGGUGUACGCUGGAGCGAUUUACGAUGCUAUCUAUUUGUAUGCCAACGCUCUGAAUGAAACUCUUGCGGCAGGGGGCAGUAAAAAGGACGGUCGAGCAAUAGUACAGAGAAUGCUGAAUAGAGAAUUUGAAGGUAAGGUUUCACGGGGAGCUUCUUUCUAUAACUGAAUCGGUCGUCCCUGAUUAGUGAGCUUACGCAACAAGACUGCAGAAAGAAGAGGGUGAAGAGGAAGGUGUGAGACAAACGUGACAGGGAUAACUUGUCAGUUUUGUCGAUCGUGAUCUUCACUUAACCUUACUAUGUUCUAGUUUUCUGAAAAAGAUCCGUCUAAAGCAAGAUGAAGUUAUUGUCACGCUUGUCACACGAGGUUUGCCAUCUUCUUUCCUCCGCCCAUCCUUUUUUAUAUCAGCACCCUUAGGAUCGAGGAUUUGAGUAUUAGGAAUUAAAAAACUCUGAACGUAAAAAACGGUUUGCUUUCACCUCAGGAGCCUCCGGUCUGGUUCGUAUGGACAGUUCUGGUGACAGAGAACCAGACUAUUCUCUUAAAUAUUACGUAAAUGGAAGUUUUCAAGGUAUCGCUGAUUACAAUUACUCAACAGGAGGUUUCAAUCUUAGAGGUGAGCUCUGUUCUGUAGGUAUCUCUCUCCUCGGUCCACAGAGGCCUCUUUGUGUUGCGGGUGGGGAGGCUGGGGAGAGGAAUAAUGAAAGCGAGCGGGAGACGUUAAGAAGGGGAAUUUAUUAUUGCUAUUUUAUUCAAAAUCCCCAGUGGGGCCCUCCCCGGAGGAGAGAGUGUGAGUAUUAAUUACUAAGGAAUUGUUCUAACGGUAAAGCACGUCUUUCAUUCUAUCAGGUUUGAGAUGCUCUAAACAACUAAACAUAUUUUCUAACAAUUUAAAAUGCAAAUACCUCGCAUUCACAAUGACGUUUGUAGACGUAAAAUGGGGCGGGAAAGAUAAAGAAAAAAGACGAAGGGGAAAAUAUAGAGGGAGGGUCCCUUCUGUUGUACUUUUUUGCUUCUCUUAGCUCAGCUCAGUCAAGUCUUAAUUAAUAACAUGAAUCAUCAUUGAACUUGCUGUGACAAAUUUCAAAAUCUCCAGAUGUAAGGGUGAUUUGGGCAGGAGGUCGUACCACCCCUCCCUUGGAUAAACCAAAGUGCGGUUGGGAGAAUGAACUCUGUGUCGAGCAAGAAAAAAAAGGUGAGACUGACGUAAUAGCGAUCAUUCGCAACUUAAGAACCGAGAAGGGAACUGGGCCGAGUAAGCUUUCGCAAAGACGUCUGGGACUGUUACUGGGGACAGGCAAAAAACGUUCAAUAGACAGGACAAGUGUGACGUCACGUUACUAUGGUACCAAAUUUUUGGAUCACAACAAUAGGGAGCUUUUGCAACGACAAGGGUGACGGCGAAGGCAACGAAAACGGUAAAAAAAACAAUGGGUUUAUAUAAGCGGAACAACUUUGCACGUGCAUCACGCUUUUUUGUACAUUUCUUAGAAAUCGUUGCACGACUGCGACAUGAAUCUUCCUCAUUUCACGUGAAAGCUUUAUGGAGUGGGUGAACAAACCAGUAAACUUAGAUGCAGUCCUUUCGGGUUCAACCCCAGAAAAUUUCGCCAACAUUUGUCAAAUUAAAGUGACAAAUGACUAGUGACAAGUGACGUAAAGUUUGAAACAGUGUGAGUCACAGUGUGACAGUUUGGGUUUGUUAUCAUCCAGAAAUUCUGCUACCAUGGCAACGUGACGUAACGACUUCUCCUCUCUAUAGCUGAUCGGCGUGUCCCCAGUAGCGAUAAAAGAAACAAUGGUGGGACACAAUUCCAGUUCCCUUCUCGUUUUAGUCGUUUCUAAAGUAACGCACUUGUUUUUUUCAUUGGUUUAAUUAACUUACAAUACGAUUUCAGAAUCCAGUGGUCGCCUCUGCCAGUGGUUGACAUAAGUAAGGUCAUUUUGAUGAUGUUUAAUGAUUAGUUGUUCCAUUUUUUUCUAGCGGCCAGAUUUGUAAAUGUUGUUAUAGGAGCUUCCACGGCUGGUGUUGUAGUGCUAGCGUUCAUGUUCUUUAUCAUCAUCAGGUAAUUUCUCUACCCUACUUACUGAAACCGAAGCGUUUUGUGUCUGAUUUUUGGAGCUUACUUAUUUACCAGCUGAACUAGGCACAGACCUGCCCAAUGUGGAUGGGCACUAUCUUGACAAGGAGCCCUCCCACAACCCCACAAUCAAUGGAAGAUAGAAAGUGAGUUUAUGUGGGUGUGUGGAGUAGGUGGGAGGGAGGGGUGGUCAUUGCAAGAGAUUGUUACUUCACAUUCAAGUGGAAAAUCAAUCUCCCCGGGGUCUCCCCUACUAUGUUUAUGUUAGUAUUAUUGGGGUGUGUUCAGGUCUUUUCAUCCACGCGUUUUUUUAGUUUCCUUAGUGCAAAUAUGAAAGAAAUGCCUUUGUCCCCACAAGGUGAAAACUAGACACACAAUGCCUUUUAGCAGUUUUCAAAGAAAAAUGUAAGCUUGAAAUUUUGUUUCACUCCUUUUAAAUUUCCCAGAAAGCUUCGAUAUGAGACAGACUUAGCUGAGAACAUGACGUGGAAGAUAAAAUAUGAAGAUCUGAGUAUCAAAGGACAAGAACAGCAGGAAGCAAAGCCCGUGGGAAUGCUUGCAAUUUUUAACAGAGCCACUGGAGCAGGACCUACCGGCCAUGCCAUGGUAGGGAGAACCACACUGAACAGCAUAACAUUGACAGACUGUAGGCCUUUAACAAAAUGUGUCCAAUAUAAAGGCCUGGCAAAUUCACAGCAGAUUUUUUUAGCAAGAGUUGAAUUAGGGAUUAUCACGAGGAGGAGGAUUUCCGUUACCUAAGCUUUAAACGGAUGUGCAAUGCCAAAGGGUGUGGUUUUCGACCCCUUUUGGUUUCAAAUUGGGUGUGUUUUUUCCUAAAAUAGGGUCCGGUUUUGUGCCCUUUUGAGACACGUUCUGGAAUAGGCGUAAUUUUUUAUUAUUUAUCUCUUAGUGAGAACAGCAAUUCAGGUCUGAAAUAGGGUUAAGGAAAAUUACAUGUUUGGUGUGAAAUAGGGUGAAGUUUUCAGAAGGCAUGCCGCACCUUCCACAGGAAAUUCCAAGGAGUUCCACCUAGGGGAGGGUUACUGAGUGGUAUCACUGAAAGUAUUGUGGGAUCUGAUUUUCGCGAUUUUCACGAUAUUUCCAGCCAUUUGUGAAAAUUAGAAAUAUCAUAUCCCGCGGAAAUUUACUGUUGUCGAAAAAAGGUGGAAGAUAGAUAAAAAUCUCCAAGAAGAAUCAGUCACCUUUGAUUUUGCAAACAGUCACCUUAAUGGAAAAUGUUAUUAAGGUCUUAUAAUUGCAUUUGUAUAGACCGUUGGUCCAUCGAACACACAGCAAGGUCAGAUAGUACGUCCGAGUCAAGCCAACAGUUCGACACAAUCCCAACCUGAUGACAGCACACGGCAAGUUUACACUGUCAUUGGAGAUUAUCAGGUUAGUGGUGUGCAGCUCAUACAUAAGACACGAAUCAUUGAAAAGACUGGAGAGAUUCUUGGAUAGAUGAAUCUGGAAAGGACUUAUAAACAGAGAUGUUGCUAGAGUAAGAAAGGAGCUCGCUGCAUGUAAGAUAGUAUUUGAGUCUAAACUCAUCCCGACUGCCUUCAUCAUUUGCAGUUAUUGUUAUUUGCCUUUGCCUUCAUGAGUCCCCGUUGGUUUGAGGUUCUUGGUUCCUUGCGCGCCAUAAAACAGCCUCGUAACCUCGCAACCUCGUACCCAGGUCUUUCCUCUUCCGAUUCUUUGGAGUGCGCAAGGGGCUGGGUACGAGGUUGGUGCCCUCUGUCUUGAAAGCUUGUGAGACAAACCCACUUACAGCCUUUAAAAUGGCCUGUAUGCCUUCUGUUUUGUUCCUCGGUUUUUCACCUUCUUAGCCUUUAAUUUCAGGGGCAGCCAGUGGCUGUUGAACGCCUCAGAAAACGCAGUGUCCAACUGACGCGAGAUGUUCUCAUUGAGUUAAAACAGGUAACUAUUUCCUUUCGUCAUUGACACCAGCAUCGUUCCCAGGGUAUCUUCAGGGAAUACUUGUGCGAGAGAACGCUGGGAACGAGGUUGUCUAUACUACCCAAGCCACGUUCUAAAUAAGGUGCAUGAAAAUCAUGCUGAUGCGCAGAGUCUCGAGAAAGCUAACCUAUCCCACAAAACCAAGAGCCAUUAUGGCUCUUGACAAAACUACGUGCUCUCCAGUGCUGGAACAAGGAACAAAGAGAAGAGAUAGUUUCGAAGCCAUGUUUGUCUUGAGCUCAAAGAGUAAAAUUAUAUCGAAAGUCAAAUGGCACUACGCCUGUUGGUUUCUUCCCUUCGUCUCCCACCCCCCCCCCCCGCUCCUUCCUUUCUCCCAGUUCCUAUUUCCUUUUUUCCUAUUUUGUUAUCUGUUGAUCAUUAUACUUCCUCUCCGUUCAUUUUGUGAAGGUGCGAGACUUGAGCCACGAGAACCUAAAUCCGUUCAUUGGUGCCUGUAUCGAAUCACCGAAUAUCCUUCUAGUGUGGUCCUACUGCAAGAAAGGAAGCCUGCAGGUCUGUACAUGUUUAUGACAAAGUCUGGAUAGAACUAUCAAAAAUGAGGAAUUAGAAAGUGAAGAUUCUCUUGUAAUAAAACACUAACGCCUUAGCGUCUUCAGUGCACCAUCUCUCCAAGUAAACAUUUCCCUUGGUCGACUAGCAUCUAACAAGAACAAGUCAUACUCCACGAUCUAAUAUUCAACACAAACUAAUUGCAGUGUUGAUUGGUUCAUGUUUUACAGGAAGUGUUGGCAAAUGAAGAGAACAAGAUUGAUCAUGCUUUCAAGUUGUCAAUGUCUAUUGACAUAGCAGCGGUGAGUAAACACCCGGCCAAGUGAUCAAACAAGAACUUGAGGUGACUAAACGGGUGAACAGUGUUUGACCAAAUAUCCCACAAAGAAAGUUAGAGAAAACGUUGUAGGAUUACCAGUGCUCGAAGAGCCAGGAUUUUUGCCUGCCCCCAGGGGCUUUGUGAUUGGUUGGGUAUGAUGACCAUGAGAGAGCAAGGCCAAGUGGCCUGAAUUUAUCUUGGUCUCCCUCAUACUACUUUAGCUUUCAUUUUGGUUGGGAAAAGGUAAAUCACAACGGGGUGAACGGCGCAACGUUCCGCACUUGGUUUGCCACAUUCUUCCUGCUCGCCUCCCUCGCCGCGUUAUUCGCCCUUUUUUCCAACCGAGAAGCCUAGUCCCAGGCUAGUGUAAAGUUUCAGAAAGCAUGUUGGACAUCCCCAUUUAAUUUUCCCAUAAUACUCCUAUCCCAUUGAGAUAUAUAUCUUGAAAGAGACAGAGGAUACCUAAAACGGAAACUUCCUUUGCAGGGCAUGAAGUAUCUGCACAACAGUCCCGUCAAGUUUCACGGUAAUCUUACCUCUCGUCAUUGCAUGAUUGACAAUCACUGGGUAGUAAGCAUUACAGACUGGGGGCUGAAUAAAUUUAAAGCAGGACAAGAAAGGAUCUACACGGACACCAACAAAACCAACGAGGGUAUGUAUGUGAUUGACUAUCACCUUUGAACAAGUCAGGGGUUAAGUGGGUGCGGUCCUCUGAGGGGAGGCCGUUUCGAUACAAGUUUAUUCAGUCGAGAUGCAAACAGUUUCACGUCAUUGGCUUAAAGAACGAAGAGUAUUCACCCAAAAUGUUUUUGUUGUUCACGCGCAAACAAUACUUGAAGUAAACGAUUUUUUUUUUGCAAUCUCACUGCUUGAGUUCGUAUCGAAACGACUUUUUAUCGAAAUGACCGGUUUCCGUUAUAAGGAUGGAUGGGGAUGCCGUUACGCAAAGUUUCGCACAUGGAGCCUUCGUUGAAGCGAAAAUUAGAGUCAUAGGUUCGACUUCCUCCACUCGGUAAGUCUUUUCUUGUUUGUCUUUAACUAAAUGGUAAAUUAAGUUUGCUCCCUUUAAUAGGCGUCGUUUUGUUAAUGAGAGUUCUGCAUUAGUUAUACAUCAUUUGAUGUUGCGUUCUAAUGUAAUUUUGACUGACUUCUAACAGAUCUGUUAUGGACAGCGCCAGAACACAUUGACUUCAACAAGGGCGAAAAGUCAGGGUUCUCACAAAAAGGUGACGUGUACAGCUACGGAAUCAUUCUUCAAGAAAUCUCAACUCGAUGCAAACCAUUUUUGGAUUGCAAUCUGGACUGUAAAGGUAAUCUGGCUAUCAUUACCCCUACCUCUAAACGCAAACCACUUAUUGUUAAAUGUAUCUUGCCAUUGUGGCCGACGACUAUUUUUGCUUUUUUUUUUUGACAUAAAACAAUUGGACGCCAAUAAACACUCGCGUGACACCAAUACACAGGCGCGUGACUUUAUUUUUUCAGAGAUCAUUCAACGUGUAGUGGCCUAUGAGGAUCCUUCUUUUCGCCCAGACUUGACACGCGUGGAUGUGAGACCGGAAUUUGUGGAUCUGAUCGUGGAUUGCUGGUGUGAUGAUCCCGAGGAACGACCCCAUUUUUUUCGGAUUGUUGAGCGGCUCAAGAAGAUAAGUGGCAGGUCAGUGGUAUUACAAGUCAUUGUAGAGGUACUGGACGCUACAUUGCCCAUUAUUAGGUUGCGCAGGAGACUGGGUCGGUGUUGUGUCGAAUUGCACUUUGGGACUGUUUCAGCGGGAAGACUAAUUUUGACCCACACGUACACCUUCGCGUAUACCAUUUUUUUUAGGCGGGGGGGGAUGGACUUCGUACCUUAUGAUGCAAGUUGUGGUGUUCAUUGAACGUUAGCUAACGUGCACGCUUCAUUUAUCAUUUCUUUUUCCUUAAUUUUUUUUACAGGGUGAGUUUUAUAUGAUUAAUUUGGUGCAACUUUGUCCCAAGCCAUUUUCUAAGGGAAAAGCCCUAUGGACACACGCACACACCCGCACACACAAAUAGAUUUAUUGUCCAACGGCUUUACAGUCUUGCGCAAAUACAUAUAGGGAGAUUUACAACUUUGCUAGGUUUGGCUUUGUAUUUUGGGGUACAAUAAGACUAAAACUGUAAUUGUCAUUCCUACUCUUCCUGCUCCUCAGUCUACAUAGGAGAGAAAAGGGAAGGAUAUUCUCUUUAACAGUAGCUCCCAUUUUGGCGUUGAAUUUCCUUGAAACUCAACCCUCAACAGCGUAGCCCCUGUCAUAGUGGAAACAAUUUAACAUGGUUGGUUGGUUCUUUUAUCUCUGCUUUCUUCACAGAGGAUCAAACAUUAUUGAGAACAUGGUGUCCAUGAUGGAAAAACAUGCUAAUCAUUUGGAGCAAGCACACACCCGCACACACAAAUAGAUUUAUUGUCCAACGGCUUUACAGUCUUGCGCAAAUACAUAUAGGGAGAUUUACAACUUUGCUAGGUUUGGCUUUGUAUUUUGGGGUACAAUAAGACUAAACUGUAAUUGUCAUUGCUACCCUUCCUGCUCCUCAGUCUACAUAGGAGAGAAAAGGGAAGGAUAUUCUCUUUAACAGAAGCUCCCCUUUUUACAUUCAAUUUCCUUGAAACCCAACUCUCAACAGGAUAGCCUCUGUCAUAGUGGAAACAAUUUAACAUGGUUGGUUGGUUCUUUUAUCUCUGCUUUCUUCACAGAGGAUCAAACAUUAUUGAGAACAUGGUGUCCAUGAUGGAAAAACAUGCUAAUCAUUUGGAGCAGCUUGUGGAGGAGCGAACAAGGCAGCUUAACGAGGAAAAAGAGCGAACUGAUAAACUGCUGAAUCGUUUGCUUCCACCGUAAGUUUCAUAACUUGUCGGUUCGCUACUAUUUUAAGGUGUCAUAGCUUCCGUUCAGUUACCGCUCGAUGGAGGCAAAUAUGAAAUGUCGCAGUUGCAGUGUGUGCAGAGGAUUUCCUCUUAGCAAGAGAAAACACCCAGUGUGACCCUUGGGAUAUGUGAAUAUCAUGAAAGUUAUUUUUAGAUCAAUAAAAAGCUUUUCUUUGCCUCUAUGUCUUGUCUCGCACAAACCUUCCCAUUCUGAAUCUGAUUCUUGCUUGGUUAGGAUGGUCGCUGAGCAACUUAAGAUUCAUGAUUCUGUCGAAGCUGAGGAAUUUGAAGAAGUCACCAUGUUUUUCAGUGACAUUGUUGGAUUCACCAAGCUGGCCUCUUGCAGCAAACCUAUUGAGGUAAGUUUCCGUGGCUUCCACACCCAGAGCUCUUAGGUUCUUAUCUUUGUUUCCUUUCUCUUUAUCAACCAUGAUCUUUGGCUUUCUUUCCUUGACAGAUUGUGGACUUCUUAAACGAUCUUAACGUUGCGUUUGAUGAAAUCAUCACACGAUUUGACGUCUACAAGGUCGGUAUAGGCCAUUUUAGAGCCUUUAUCUUGAGCGUUUUCAACCUCAAAGCUGCUUUCGAAAAAUAAUGAUGACGCAUGUAUCAAUUUCUUUGGUUCUCGAUCAUUUGUUGACCUUUUUUUCUUUUGCAAAACCUCUUUUUCCCUUUUUUUAGGCGUUUGAUUUACAAACAGACGCAUGCAAAAACUACAUUAGUUUUCUAUACAAAAAAACAGUGGAAGCAUUAACCCAUAAUUCAUUAACAAACCAUUUUUUGGGAUCCAAAAUACGUUAUCUUAAACUGAAGGGCAACCUCAUAAGAAUUUUAUCCUUACACCGGAUGAUUUGUUUCCUCCAGUCGCGUUAUGUCAUCUAUUUUUCGUGGUAAGUUGAAUUGAAGUACAUUACUUUUUCUUGAAAUGUUCUUCCAUCUAGGUAGAGACAGUUGGUGAUGCGUAUGUUGUUGUCAGUGGUUGUCCGAAGUUGAAUGGCAUCAAGCAUGCAGGGGAGAUUGCAAGUAUGGCGCUGGAAUUACUAAGUCAUAUGUUUUUCUUUCGUUUGCGGCACCUUCCGGAGCAUCAACUGCAGCUCAGGAUUGGAAUACACACAGGUACAUUAGACAAAACAUUUAUUUUACAAAAUUUUUGGAACACCAAUAAAACAAACAUGGAAAAUGUUGCUGUUGCCCCUUUCUUGCAUUGCGCAGUUUAUUUAAGCCUUCAGCGCCGAACCUUUGGCGGAAAACUAUGUCAAUCAUUUUGUUGGUCCUUUGUUUGUUCAGGUCCAGUGGUCGCUGGUGUGGUUGGUAUAACUAUGCCUCGUUUCUGUUUGUUCGGACACACAGUUCACAUCGCAUCUAAAAUGGAGAACUUUGGACUGCGUAAGUAUUCGGGCAUUGUGCGAAAAAAAAAUCUUUUUUAUCCACCUUUUUAGGGUCUUAAAUGAACAAUAAAUAGCGUCUCUCUUUCGACACGUAAGUCCAUUGGGUGAUUCACAAUUGGCCCUUUAAAACCGUUAUUUAAUUCUUUGCCCAUUGUCAAAGAUUUACGGUCGUUUCGCUGCAUCAUAAAGUCGAUUCGCUACAAGCAACUUUUUUUUAUUGAACUGUUUUGAAACAGUUUAGGGUGAACUACUAAAAUGCCACCAACAGGAACUCAAGGUAUGUAGAAGCUUAAAUUUUAUUAUAAAGUGAAUCAUCUUCAUGAUGCAGCAAAACGACUUUAGAACUAAGCAGCCAAUAGACUUCAUUAUGUAGCAAAACGACUUUAUAACCUAGCGAGGUUCCUUAAUUACCUUCCACUCGUAGUGGUGGCCAAAGACGUAAUUCAUUAGAAACGCUUCAAGUUUUAUUUCGUAAAAUACUGAGAAAGAAAUAAUGCAUUGUGAAGGUACUGCUGAGGAGGGUCGAUUUGGAUGGCCACACUAUAGUAUUCUUCUAUCCACAGGAUCAUAAUUAGAACUGCAUAUCCUAUCACAAACUGUGUCACUAACUGAUUCUAUAGUUCUCGAGAACUCUUAUGAAAUACAGUGAAACCCCGCUUUACGGACACUUAAUACGGACACUUCAUUUUUACUGACAGUUUGCUUUGUCCCUGGGGAAAGAAAGCCCUUACACUUUCUCUUAAUUCAACCCGCUUUAUAUGGGCACUCCUUUAAUACGGACCACGGACACUUUUUAUAACCCCCACAGUGUCCGUUUUAACGGGGUUUGACUGUAUUUUUAUUCCAUUUCACGGCUGCAGCUCUUCGCAUUCACGUAAGCCGUGACUGUCACUCAAGAUUGGUGGAGUUAGGUGGAUAUUAUCUCAGUGAGAGAGGACAAGUACAGAUCAAGGUGAGAAAUAAUCAUGUAGCAGAGCAUAGGGGAGGGGAGGGGAUAUUAGGGAGGCUCCCCACCCCUCACCCUUCAGAAAGCUCAGAACGCAAAUAGCUCUUCUUAUUACAGUAAUCGACUGAAUACAAAGAAAAUCUUGAGGGAAUUAUUAGAUAUCGAAUUUUGAUGGACAUGUUUUUCGAACUUAAGCUUUAAUUCUCUUCUGUUCAUUUGAGAAGCUCAUGCACACGCCGUUUCAUCUGAAAACUAUAAAUCGGUCUACCGACUCUCUUUUAAACUUACUUCUCCAUUUCUAGAUAUGUAUCUGAUGAGAGUAUAGUAUACUAGUGUGUGAUGUAUCGUCUUUCAUGUCUAAAUUUUCCUAAACCCAGUUCAUCCCUAGGAAGUUGUUUUUAAGGCUACACUAAAAGUCUUGCAGUAGAAUAUUAAUGUAGAACGAUGUAUUUUGUUGUAGAACACUAUUAGUAAUGACGCAACUCGUUUUUAUUCCACAGAGACUUGGUCUUGUUACUACUUAUUGGCUUGUUGGAAAAGAAGGUUUCGACAAACCCCUACCCGACCCCCCUCUGGAAACAUCCGAACCGUUGUUUGAAACACUAGAUGUCUAUUAUGCUAGUUAA